GUGACGAGCGAACAAGAGACUGACCGUGGCUAGCAUGUCUGCUGGAGGAUUCGUGGAUACCAACCCGCAUGCGCGUGUGGCCGGUGCGGCGCCGUUUGCGGUGGAGCUGGAGGCCGGCAAGUCGGUGUGGCUGUGCCGUUGCGGGCACUCGGCGGAUGGCAUUUUCUGCGACGGCUCGCACAACAAGAUCAACGAGUCGCUUCCCGAGGCCGAGCACAUCACCCCGCUGGAGUUUACGCCCGAAGAGAGCAAGACGUACUACGUGUGUGCCUGCAAGAGGACCGGCAAGCUUGAGACGACCAUGAUGUGUGAUGGGAGCCAUGCGAAGAAGGAGGUGCUCAAGAUGUACAACCAGCAGCUGCUCAAGGCCAACUCGAAGCUCGCCGCGGAGAAGGACGAGCUUGCCAAGCGCGUUGCAGAGCUGGAGCGCCAGAUGGCCGGUCUGUGAGGGGCAAGUAAAGAGUUUUGGUGUUG